UAUAUAUUCAUGUUAAUAAAUGAUUUUUGACUUUCUUUAUAGAAUGCGCGUCGUCGACAACUUGUUCUCCCCACAAGUGUCUAAUGGUACGCCCCAGGGCUUGCCACAGUAGCUUUUAAAUACAAUACCACCCUGCAUCCCCUCAUCCAUUCCGCUUCGGAGCGAGCCCACAACUCGCAGACUAGAAGACCUUGCCCACGACAUUUCCGGCAUGCUUACCCCACUAAUGUCACGUAGACAACUUUAAAACUCCGGCAGCGAAGUCCAUUGUGAUUCUCUGGAGUCUGCAGAACCAAGCUCUGGUAGUGUUUGGCACCAGGCAAUAUUUUUAGCUUUGUUCAUUACGCAUAUUCUUACUGCGCUCAUAGUUACCAAAGAUCCCGGGUGAGGAUAACCAGAAACUUACCGAGGUGGUUGUUUUUAAUGUAAACUUUGAAUCGAGAUCUUGGUAAUGAUGGUGGCGGUCUUCUGGCACUCACUGCUUCUUGCUUGCGUGGCAUGCUCGGUGACAGCUGAGGUCUUCACAUCUUUGGCACAUUUAGAGGCCACUUUCUAUGCUGAGAGAGACAUUGCAGCGACUCUGAAAAGUUUUAUCAGCCAAGAGAGGGCGAGACUUGACCAGUUGGAAAAAAUUGCCAUAGACUACGAGAAACACAGUGCAGCUGCUUUGCAAAAUCCCAACUUCUACCUGGCCAACCCGGUUAACGCAUUCCUUUUAAUAAAACGCUUCACACUUGAUUGGGACCAAAAUGUGGCACCUAUACUGAACAACAAUACAUGGAAUGACUUUAACCAGGAUGUACAAUUUGCCAGACAAGAUCUGCCAUCAUUUGAAGACCUGACUGGAGCAGCCAUAGCCUUGAUGCGUUUGCAAGACACAUACCAUCUAGACACAUCCAAGGUUGCCCAUGGCAACCUUGGUGGUGUAAUGUCUACAUCUCUUUCAGUGGAUGACUGUUUUGACCUGGCAAAGCUGUCAUAUGAUGAGGGUGAUUUCUACCACACUGCUAUGUGGGUUGAAGAAGCACUUGCUAUGUUAGGGAAUCAUGAGAGCAGGAAAGAUAAGCAUGUGGAAAUGCUCGACUAUCUGGCAUUUUCCUAUUACAAGCAAGGAUAUCUGAAACAUGCUUUGACUUUGACGAAAGAACUUUUGACACUGGACCCAACUCAUACAAGAGCAUUUAAUAACAAACGCUAUUUUGAGGACAUGCUAAUCAAGCAAGGGGAAGAUAUUAACAGUGAUGAUGGGCAGCGUCCAGCAGUUAAAAGAGUUGUUGAUGAAUAUCGUCAGUCUAAGGAAUUUCAGACUUACGAAGCAUUAUGCAGAGGAGAGACAACUCAGAAAAUAAAAGAUGAGCAUAAACUGAAGUGUCGCUAUAUUCACAACAACCACCCCCUGUUGAUCCUUAGUCCAGUCAAACUGGAGGAGAUGCAUUUGGACCCUUGGAUUGUCUUAAUUCACGACAUCAUUUCUGACAGUGAGAUCAAUGAUAUCAAGAUCCUGGCCACGCCAAAGCUGAACCGGGCCACUGUUCAGAACUCCCAGACUGGUCAACUGGAAACAGCCACUUACAGGAUUAGCAAAAGUGCUUGGCUGAAGGAAGGGGACCACCCCACAAUCAUGAAAUUGAACCAAAGGAUUGAGGCCAUAACUGGGCUUGAUGUUUCCACUGCUGAAGAACUUCAAAUUGCCAACUACGGUUUGGGAGGUCAUUAUGAGCCACACUUUGACUUUGCUAGGAAAGAGGAAAAAGAUGCCUUCAAGUCCCUUGGAACAGGAAACAGGAUAGCCACAUAUUUAGCCUAUAUGACAGAUGUGGAAGCAGGAGGUGCCACAGUCUUUCCUUACCUGGGUCUAAAACUGUUUCCGAAAAAGGGAAGUGCUGCAUUCUGGUAUAACCUUUACAGAAAUGGUGAUGGCAUUUAUAAUACUCGCCAUGCAGCCUGUCCAGUUCUUGUGGGCGUUAAAUGGGUGGCCAACAAAUGGUUCCACGAACGAGGCCAGGAGUGGCGUCGGUCAUGCAGUCUUAGCCCAGAUGAAUGACAUAGUGACACAUUUUUUAAUGACUAUCAGCUUUUCCAGGUGUUGUGAUCAGAAGAAAUCUCAUUACUUAAAUGCUUAGGGUGUGGGGAGACUUUAGACUUUCAGCCUGAAAUUUAACAGCAUCACUAAGCUUGCCUUGUGGACAGUUUCCAUGAUAAGUCUGUUCUAUGCGAUUUUCCGUAUUGAGAAGUUUGUGUCACCUGUGAUAAGUUAUCACAUGCAAGCUUCAGUAUUUUUUUAAUUGGUGAAUAAAAUGCACAAUUUGCUGAUGGUGCUUUUUCCCUCAUGCCAAGGUGCGUUUGGAUAGGUCAGACAUUUUGGCAGAUGGUAAUGAUCAGUUGCAUCUUUAUGAAAUGAAACUUUUGCUGUUUGCUUCUUUUCAAAUUAUCAUCUUUGCAUUCUAGACAACUGUGAUACAACUUUUAUGAAUGAUUGCAUGAACAUGAGGUCUAUUUUUCCCUGAUAAGAAUGGAUGCAGAUUUAAUGUGGCAAAGAUCUUUCAGCUGAUAUAAUAUUAUCUGAUGAUCUCUUAGUUAAAAUUUUUUAUAUUUUAUAUUAAUUGUUUAGUGUUAAAGCAGCUUUACUUUUUAUUUAUAACUUUGUUUACAAAAUGUUCAUAAAAAAUCAGUAAUGUACCUUUUAUAAUGUUUACAAUUAGAAUGAAAAUAUGUAAAACAUGAGAUGGUGAUAAAUUUGGACAACUGUAAAAUGUCAUCAGCUUCGUUUAUUUGCCUUACACUGCCUAGACAAAGGCUAAAUUUAUUUUAUCUAUGUUUACUAACACUAAAUGCUGACUUAACUAACUUUGGAUUUCCCAGUUAGAUUGUUAACAAACUGAUGCUUUUUAUCAUUUCUAAGAUCUGUAAGUUGGUGCCUGUUAAAAUUUCAUUUUAAAAACAACUGAGCAUAUCUUUACUAUAUGCAGGGAAAUUGUAUGAACACAGGCCAUGUAUGUUGUUUUGAAUGCUGGUGGUCACAGUUGUCUGGAUAAUAAUUAUGCAGGUUUAUUUGUUUUAUAAUGAAAAUAAGAUACUCUACUUAAAAGAAGUCUGGACAUAUCCUUAAGCAAUAAGAAAAAAAAAUCCUGCAAGUUUUUAACAUAAUUUCUAGUAGACUACUGUUUUCCCCAUAUCCCUUUUUCUUUUCUUUUUUUUUUUGGGGGGGUGAGGGGGGUAACUUCUGUUAAUUAAUGUUCAAAGACCUCAUCCCUAAUACUUUCUGUAGAUCAUGCCUCCUGCUUACUACAUUCCUGCACACAUAACUAUCAGAAAAUUAUGAUCUGUCACAGUAUUAAGAGUAGUUUACAUAUUCUAGUACUUUGAAAAUAACUAAUCUUUGUAAAUGUCAGUAGAGGCUUUUUUUCUGGGCUGGAGGUGGGGGUCAUUGGGUUUUGUGUUUUUUCUUUUUGGUUCAUUUUACUUUAGGUUUUUCUUUUUAUUCAUGUACUUAUUUGCAACAUUGGAAAUUAAUUGUUCUCUGUGUUUGUUGUAACUGCGGUCAGACCUUUGUGGUUACUACAUCAGUGUAGCUCCAAGAGGCAAGGUGGUGACCAGCUGUUGCAUAUUAGUAUACUUUACACCAUUUUGUCACCUAAUAAUGAUAAUUUUUGUAACUAGUCCAAAGUACUUAAUUGUAGAUAACAUGCAGCAUAAUGGUUAUCUGCAUGGUUUCCUAGCUUUUGCAUGAUAGACACAGUUACUGUGAAAAAUCCUGGUGUCUUUUGGGAACACAAUCUACCCUACACCUACACCCUACCCUUCUACGCAAAGAAGUGCCUAAUUGUGGUGAGCUAUCUAGGAGCAGGAUGGUAGUAUGUGUGUGUGCGAGCAUGCAUGUGUGUGUGCGCGCGCACACUUGUGUUUAAAUGUUUAAAAGCAAACAGUUUUUGGCUGGAUUUUUUUUGCCUAAGUUCAAAUAUUGACAUGUAGAACUACAUUUUUCUUUUGCAGUUUUUGAGAAUCAUGAAACUUUACAAAAAAUGCAGUGAACAAAGUUUUCUAUGGUUGUACUUUGUAGACAACUUGGACAGAAUCUUUAGUAUAUUUAAGUAUUAGAUACUUGCAGUGUUAGAGAUGGUGCUCAUAGUUUUUUGUAUGUUAUUUUUUGAUGCAUGAAAUGUGUUUUACAUGUAAUAUUGAUUACAAAAGCAUUUAAAAGGAUUGCCAUACAUCACGGUUUAUAGUUUCGAAAGAUUUAUUUUUAAUUGAACAUGUAGCCUUCUUUUCACUUUCCUUUAAUUAUUGUUUGAAAAUGAAAAUACUUUGCGCAGUUUAUGAUUCAAUCUAUUUAAAGAUUAAAUUCUUUUGCAAUGGGUAUUACUGGAAGACCUAAUGCAAGUGUCAUUUAUUCAUUCAGCCAGUCUGUCUUCUGUGCAUUCAGAAUAACAAUAAUAAUGUUCCACUUCUGUCUACUCCAAGACUGGUUCGUUGUCAUCUCAAGGUUUCUCUUUGGUUCUCUCCAUUUGCCUUGGGGUGUAUGAAAAUGCAAGAGACCUCUUAUUUUCCAGAUUAUGACACAUCAUCUCUCUCCAGCUUUGUUUUUCUUCUUAACUGUACCUCCAUCACAUCUCUGACAGCAUGGGUGUAAAAAUUUCAUGACAUUUUGUGACCAUUCAAGCAUAUGGAUUCUUAUCAAACUAACCAUUGGGAAGCUUACAACUUAAGGGCCUUGUUAAACAAACGUGGAAAAAACAUAAUCAUUAUACUAUGGUAAAGAAGAGGGGACUGUAUCUUCCUUAAUGUCAUCAUGUUGGUAAAGCUUCCCACAGGAAUUUGCAACAACAAUUAAUACUCAUGGUAAUAGCAAUACAGCUGAAGGGAUUUGUUGAAAACUACUCACAUACCAGUGAUUGGUUAGGCUCUGACUUCUAUAUCCUAUGCAUUGGGUGGGGCAAACCGUUCACAGCCACUGAGGUUUAUUUCCUAAAUAACCCCUUCUUUAAAGCCAGACACGCUACCCCUUACACUAGCAAUGGCGUCAUUCUCCUGCUUUCUUUUAGGAACGAAACUUUAAAAAAAAAAUUACAAUCUUGAAUUUCUUCAUCAGAAUCAGAAAGCAAUUAACAGUCUUUUGUAUGUUAAAUUUUGAAUUAAAAAAGCAACCAAAAAAGUAUUUUCAUAUUUCCUAUAGUCUUUGACGAUACUGGAACCAAAGGUAUUGUGCUGCUUUGUGAAAACGUGUAAAUACCGCUAGAAGAAAUAAACCAGCAUGAAGCAGCUAAUUUUAAAA